GGAGUAAAAAACACACAGACAGAAUCAGACUCACUUGGGUUCAGCUACAGACUGAUAAUCAGACAGAAACGGACGCAGCAAGUUCAGUUGACGCGCACGACGACGCACACAGGGCUGUGUUACAGAGUAGAGAGAGGAGCUGAUGGGAUUGAAAGUAUAACACUAUAAAAAAAACUCUCUGCCAUGCGUGAAGACUUGCACAGAUGACGAGUAAAAGAGUUUUCAGUGCUAAUUGAAUGCAAGCUCCGUGAUUCAUUGAGACUUUUGGAAACACCAGCGCUGAAGGCUGCAGAGACACAACAAACUGACAUUCCCAGUGGUUCUGUUUUGGAAACGCACUUUUUCCUUCCAGAGACAAACUCACGCCUUGACAAACUCCACUUCCCACAAAGGACAAGGAGGAUUUUUUAUCUUUUUUUUGAAAAGUAGCAGUAAUGAUGAGCAGCGGUCCCUCUAUCGUCUAUGAGUGGCUGAAAACCCUGCGGCUGACUCAGUAUGUUGAGUCAUUUGUGGAUAACGGCUACGACGACCUGGAGGUGUGUAAGCAGAUCGGGGAGCCUGACCUGGAUGCCAUUGGUGUGUUUCCACCACAUCACAGGCUCAAAAUUCUGAGAGCAGUGCACAGACUGAGAGAAGCAGACAGGAAGCUGGCCCCGGGUCUUUACUUCACCUUAGAGCCCCUUCCAGAUGUCUCCAGUGUCUAUGACAGUAAAGCCAGUGGGUCCUAUUGGGACAGAGAAGGACUUGAGCUGUUCAAUAACAAUAAUCUUAUGCUCGGAGAUCCUCCAGAUCCAGUGUCUUACCCGAAACUCAAGCUAAAGAUCCUGAUCCGAGAUAAGCUGAUCAAGGAUGGGAUAGACCUGAGUAAGCCCCCUUACUCAUUCAAGGAUGGCUCUCUGGGAAACAUUGAGGAUUUGUCUAAGGAGUACUCAGAGUAUUACAGUGCCGCUUUCAGUGACGUGCAUGAGAGGAUGGAGGAGCUUCGCAAGCGCAAAGUGGCUCAGGAAGCUGAGAUUGCAAAUACAGAGUCAAUGAUCACAUCACUUCAGCUGCGUUCAGAAAUCCAGGAGUCCCUGGGGCUAAGCAGUACUUUGUCCACUCCUGAGGUUGAGAGAAGGCUGUUGGUACAAAGGUCAGGCUCAGAAGACGGAUCUGGAGGAAAAUGGGACCGAAAGAAAAACAAAUCCUUCUGGCAGAAUUUUCGCAAGCCACAGAAAGGCGUUAUACGGCAGACGUCAAAAGCUGAUGACCUUGGCUUUGUAGCCAGUGAGAUCACAAUGAGUGAUGAAGAACGCAUCCAGCUGAUGAUGAUGGUGAAGGAGAAGAUGAUAACUGUAGAGGAGGCCUUGGCUCGGCUAAAAGAAUAUGAGGCACAAAAUCGUCAGUCAUGUACCACGGACACAACCGAGUGGACCAAUGCCUCCAGUCCCACUACUGAUGAGCUCUUGGUGAACUUUAACUCACAGGAGCAGUCAGAUGAUGAGCAGGAGGAGUCGCUGGGUUUACGCAGGCUUCACAAGCUGGUCAACUCGACACGGCGUGUGAAGAAGAAGCUCAUUAGAAUAGAUGAGAGCAAAAAACACACAUCAAAAGAUUCUUUGAGCUCUGACUUCUCUCCCACAUGUGAGGAAAAGGCCUCUCUCUACUCAGGCAUACAGAAGCGUCUGGUUAUGUCUCAGGGUGAUGGAAUUGCCUCUGUUCUGUGUGUGGAUGGAGACUCAGACAGUCUGACCACAUCUCCGUCCACAAGCAGCCUGGACACCUACAGCAGCCAUAAGCAGUUUAAGCCCUUUAACAGUAGCCAGGGGCUAAGCUAUCCUCCCCCAGGACCCAGAUUGGACACCUCGGUGAUGGAUGCAGGCAGCCGCUCAUCCUUUUCUGAAGCUGAGGGCUGCUGCGAGGAGGAGCCCAGGAUCACCCGCUCUGUGACUGAUGGAGAAAUGAGACGCGCCCUGAGUUCCUCUAAAUUACAUGGGAGGGCAUGUAGCUUCGGAGGGUUUGACCUUAUGAACCAGUCUGUAUACAUGAGAAACAGCUUUAACAACCCUAGUGAUAAUGGGACCAGCAGCAGGAGAGAUGCAGGGAGAUCACCCACACCGUCCCGCAUAUCUCUCGGGAAGAAGGUGAAGUCAGUCAAGGAGACCAUGAGGAAACGCAUAUCCAAGAAAAGUAGUGCUGCCCUGUUUGAGCAGUUGAGUCCGAGCAGAGAACCUGAGCUACUCCAGUCCCCCCACACAGACACAGACUCUCUAGAAAAAUCCAAGCUCAAGUCUGGUGGUUCUGUUGAGAGUCUGAGAAGCUCACUAAGUGGACAGAGCUCAAUGAGUGGUCAGACAGUAAGCACCACAGACUCCUCAGCAAGUAACAGAGAGAGUGUGAAGUCAGAGGAUGGUGAUGACGAGGAGUUGCCUUACAGAGGGCCGUUUUGUGGCCGAGCCCUUGUACACACCGACUUUAUCCCCAGUCCCUAUGACACAGAUUCACUCAAACUCAAGAGAGGAGAUGUUAUAGACAUAAUCAGUAAGCCUCCAAUGGGUACAUGGAUGGGACUUCUGAAUAACAAGGUGGGCACCUUUAAGUUCAUCUAUGUAGACGUGCUGAAUGACGAAGACGAAAAGCCCAAGAGUUGCGUCAGGAAGAGAAGGAAGGGUCGGCCUCCCAAACCCAGCUCUGUGGAAGAGCUUCUAGAGCGCAUCAACCUCAAAGAGCACAUGCCCACAUUCCUUUUUAAUGGAUAUGAGGAUCUGGAAACAUUUAAGUUGCUGGAGGAGGAGGACCUGGACGAGUUGAACAUCAGAGACCCGCAGCACAGAGCAGUGUUGCUGACUGCUGUGGAGUUGCUGCAGGAGUAUGACAUUAACAGUGACCCAGAGAACGGUGGCUCCUCACUAGACCCAGAGGAGAAGGUUCAUCAAGUAAUAUCGGCUACCUCAAGUGAUUCUCCACGUGACUCUGGUUGCUAUGAGAGCAACGAGAAUCUGGAGAAUGGGAAAGCCAAAAAGACAUCUCAUUUAAGCAGGUCCUCAUCAGGCUUUGAAUCCAGUCAUCUCCCAUCUCCUGAGUAUCCCACUCCUCUCAGCCAGACCAGCAGCAGGCAGGAUCCACAGUCUCUCCUGCCUCCUUUCCAGAUAACCUCCAUCAGAGCUGUACACUUGGGGACAAGCCACUCCUUGCUCAGCAUAAAGUCCCUCAGUCAGAGCUAUGAUGAGCUGCUUUGUGUCCCUGUACCCCAAGGCUUGUGGAAACGUUCUCUUUCAUUGGACCAUCAGAUCCUUUACAGGAAGGAGCCCUACAUCCCAGAGGUCUUGAUGCCCAUUCAGUCAGUAAAACCUAAUAUUUAUAGUCCUGCUGAACAGAAUGAAGCUAUACCAUCUCAGGCUUGCGCUAACCAGGACGAUGAAUCUGAAGAGUUAGGCACAUGUGAUGAGCUGACUUUCCCUUCUGUUGACUCCUCCACAGAUGUGGAGAGUGAGGAGGUACCUAUAGAUAGUGCUGAAACAUCUCUGCCAGAUCCUCCCUUACACCUACAUCGCAUAAAACCACCAGUUCCUCCUAAACCUCUUCCACUGCCAAUUGUAAAUGACAAAGAGACAACAAACCCUGACAACAAACAUGUGUUUCAGAGUAACCCAGCAUUACACAAAUCAGACAUUUCCUCUGGUGUACCCAAAUCCAGCAAACCUCUUCUCCACAGGCUUGGAAAGAAAGUGCAACAUGUCCGAACACCUAAUCUGGAGUUACUUGUAGAAGAGAAGCUGAGCAUGGAUGGUAUAGACCUCACAGAGGAACCCUAUUCUGACAAGCAUGGCCGCUACAAAGUCCCAUUCUCCCUCAUUCAAAGAUACUCUGAAGAUUUGGACAAGCCUUUGGGUGAUAUUGCCACAGUAAUGGACCAGACCAGAGUCCAGCUGCUUCGCAAACAGCAGCGGAUGGCAAUCCCAUUGAGAGGAUUAUCAGAGAUUUGUAUAAAGCUAUAAUCCUUUGAGACGCUGGAAUCCAGGCCUUUAUGUUGUCAGCUGUUUCACAGAUGACUGAUUGAUCGACUGUCUGAUCAUACAGCAGCUCACCAGACCACAGAAUCAGUCACAGCAAUGAAGGAUGAAAAUGUAAAAGGGCUGAAUGAAGGACAAAUGUUACUGACGAUCAUGAAGGAAAUCUGUACACUGUUCCUGAAACCAAUUUAUAAUUUAGCUUCUUGUUAAAAUUACUUUUUGUUUGUCAAGUUAAUGCAGUUUUAGUUAGAGACAGGCAAUAUGGUGUGUGUGUGUGUGUGUGUGUGUGUGUGUGUGUGUGUAUAUAUAUAUAUAUAUAUAAUCACAUCACCUGAAAACAUUUCUAUGAAAACUUAAAAAAUUUUGGUUUGCAUACAAGCUGCCAGCAAAAUAGAAGCAUUGCAAUUCAUUAAAGACCUGUGAAAUAUUAAGGUGGGUGAUGCUACAGUAUUAUUUAAUGUCUGCAAAUAACAUAUUUAAUGCUGAAAAGAACAAAGAAAUCAAAAACCUGAACAUUUAACAAUUUUUUAAUAUUCGGUACAAAUUUUUAACACUCUUAGCUGCGUCUAAUCACAGUUUGUAGUUUUAAAAUUAUAUGAAAAGAUUUUGUGAUACCACAGAUCUAUGAUAUUGUGAUGUUGCUCAGCUUUUUACAUUUUAAUAGGUUAAGGAAAAUAGUUUUGUGAAAUCAAAUACAUACAUACAUAUGUUCUGAAUUUGUCAUUUUUUUCAUGGUUAUAUAGAAUACAAUUAAUUCAGAACUUGUAUUUAGCCAGCACCAGAUCAGCAUCAUGAUAAUAUUUUAAAUCUCUAAAAUCAGGCUACUUGUAAACUAUGUGUUGAAUGUGAUUGAUUGUGAAGUACGACUGCUGCCUUUUAAGUGUAAAUAUACGAUAGGAGCUCUCUAUGAUGACUCGUGAAUUUGCAUUUGUUUUAAAAUGUGUUUAGUCUCACCUUGAAAAAUGAAGAUUGUGAUUAAAGAUACAUGAAAUCUUGGCCGAAAUUAUGUCUCAAUUAUGAUUUUUUUGUUUAUUUUUUAAUUCUUUGAAUUUAGACUGUGUAAGACUCUUGAACAAAGAAUCCAACCAUUUCCUGUGUAUUUAAUUGAAAAGGAGGGUCACAACCUUCUUUGCUACUGAAAUUUAGGAAACAGUUUUCAAAUAUAUGUAUUCAAAUAUUCCUGUUACUUUUUUGUCCAAAAAAAGGUCUUUUUUCAUACGUUUGUCACACCACGUUGUCUGUUGUCUAAUUUCUAUAUAUUUUCUCAAAAAUUGUUCAUGAAACUAAAUAUUUAUUAUUCUUUCAUUGUUACAGAGCAAAUACAAGGAUGCUGUCUGCAUUGUGCCAUGACCCACUUUACUCCUCUGAAAUAGCUUUAAUCCUUUGAAGUGGUCUUGUGUGUAGAUUAUACAAAUGAACUUAAAUAUCUUCUUAGGAACAACAUAAUAAAAAAAGCAACAAACA